UCCCGGGGCAGGGAGCUAGUAGCCAAAGUCCAGUCGAGAAGCGAGGUAGCUAGACGCUGGUGGUCACCUUGAACAGGCUAAGUGCGGUAGGAAGCGGCGAGAGCUGAGCAGAGGAGGGAUCAUGUCGUGGAGCAUCAGCGAGAACGCGCGGUUCGAGCGCGCGCUGGCCACCUACGACGAGGACACCCCCGGGCGGUGGGAGCGCGUGGCGGCCGCGGUGGGCGGCGGCAAGACGGCCGACGACGCGAGGCGCCACUACGCCCAGCUCAUCGUGGACGUCGGCGACAUCGAGUCCGGCGGCUACGGCGGCAACCCCAACGGCCGCUCCGGCGACGCCCGCAACGGCAACAGGAACAACAACAGGGGCAGAGCCAACCGGCCGCAGACCUGAUGGAACCGCGCGCGGCGGCGACAUAAGCUACAGCUCCAUCGUUCGCCAUGUCAUCAGAAUCAGAUAUACAAAUAUAUAUAUAUUUGUAUAUGCCGUGUGUAUACGCAUGAAGCAUGCAGGUGUGCCCAAGUCUUGUGUCUCAGUGUCUGUCAGGUUCUGGACAAAGCCUGUUCAGCAGUGGCUUAGUACGUAGUGCGUCGCAUGGCCUGCUAGCUAUAGCUUCUGCCGUGGAGCGGCUCGUCGGCCGGCGGCAAUGCUCUCCGACCAUCCUAUAUUGCAGUGCAUGUAAAGCUUAUUGUGUGACUGCUCAUAA